UUCUUCUUCCUUCUUCCGGUUGGUGCACGCGAAUUCAGUUUGUGUAGGAGCCAUGUGUUCACAAAUUUUCGCAAGUGUUAUUUCCAGUGUUGGGAGUAAAUAACUUAUUUGACAUUCUUUUCAUUUCGGGAAUAAUAAUGAGUUCACAGAAAGGCAAUUUAUCUCGAACACGUGCUCAGAAGCACCAGAACAGUAUUGUCUUCAAAAAUGAUAAAUACGGUGCCAACGCGACCCAGAAGAAAGUGAAUCAGAAGGUCCACGGGGGUGUAUGUCUGCACUGCAAAGAGGUCUUGGAAUGGAAAGUGAAGUACAGUAAAUACAAGCCUCUCACACAACCUCGGAAGUGUGUGAAGUGCUUGCAGAAGGCUGUAAAGGCUCCAUACCACAUCGUAUGCAAGCCCUGUGCCCUCAAGCUGGAACUGUGUGCCAAGUGUGGAAAGAAAGAAGAGAUUGUCGUUCCGCUUGAGACACCAACGGAGGAGACUGACGCCACUGAGCCAGCAAGUAAAGGGGACCUUAAUAAGACUAAAGAAGAUGAGAAUCCUGAAGACGUCGGUGACCUUGAUGACCUCGACAGUGACUGUGACCUUUCAGAUGAUGGCCCAGACUAGAGACUUAAUGGGCAGAGGGAGCAUCACUCACAGGCCUGCAGUUUUUGAAUACACAGGACUCGUACAGAGAGGUUAGGCAUUGUACCUUGGAUCCUUCCACCUAAAAACCAUCAGUAUUUAUGACUUUAGAGAACGUACGAUGGUUCAGUAUGGUCUGAACACACAACAGUAGAGACAAGAGUAUGGCAACUGAUCGUAUUCAUUCUCUACAUGUACAUUUCUUUUUAAGAGUGUUUAUCCAUUUUGUGCUCACAGAUCAGAUGUUAGUUGAAAAUUUGCCUCCAUUUUGUUACUAUCUUUAUUGAUUGAGGGUGUCACUAAAGAAAUAAAACUCUGGUCUGACAACACAAA